UGGUAGUGAUAAUAUCUUCGAUUCUGCUAUCUACUGAAUUAUUAUCUUGGAGGAUUCUUUGUACAUGUACAACUUCGAGCCCUCACAAACUCAAUAUGUACAUCGAACUCCCCAAAGCCUUGCAGCUCCCCAUCUUGCGGUCCUUAUAUAUACAUUUAUUUCCCCCCCUCAUCCUUUUCCUAUCCCCCUGGCUAUAAAAAACCAGCCGCAACCUGGUAUCCCAACUCCACCUGCCCAUUAAUUAUUACCAUCUAAAAAGCAGAAAAACAAAAUAGC